UUUUUUUUUCAACUUGUACUUUUAAACAACCCGUGCUGUACGAUGCUUGCAGUGUAAUUGAAGGCAGCGACAGAAACAGGACGUGACUGUGGCUGACUUCAGUGUUUAUUAGCGACGCUACUUAUCUUACUCUGCGUCACAUAUGUACGUCAGUGACCGUGAAAGGCAAACGUAAUUUUUUUUUCUUUCUCUACGUCAGUCGUGGUCAGUCCUGCCGAAGCAAUUUUCACACUGUAUAUUAGUUAAACACACACACACGCAAGCGUAAACAUAGUUAAUAUAGUAACUAGAAUAGUGAAUGAUUAAAAUGUUGUUACGUGUGUGUAAAGGCCAACUUUUUUUCUCUGCAAACGGACGGUGUACAUUUAACUACACGCAGCCAUGUAAGAUAUUUCUGGCGUGUUUCGUUUUUUUUUUUUUAAUUAAUUUUCCAACUUAAUAUUAAUGUUAGUUGUAUUUUCAGUAGUUUAACCGUGGUUAUUGCUUAUUCUUACUCUUUUACGUCCUACGUGUAAGUGUAAUUAUGCCAUUUUCAAUAUUCUAACACCUUAUUUUGUUCGGUUAAAACGAACUGACCCUAAUCCUACCCUAGGCCUUAGAGAGUUAAAACAGAUACUUCACUAAACGUAUAAAAAAUAGUUUAUUAAAGUUUACUUUUUUCAAAGGUGAAAUUGUGUUACAGAUGUUUGAUAAUUAAGUGUGGGUCCAAAUGUACAGUGAAAAGUUCCCUUUUUGGAUAUGUUUUAAAAUAUAAUUCACAAUUCAGACUUUUUUUCUUUUUUUCCCCAUCAACUUGUAAACAGUAAAGAAUGCUAAGAAGCUACCUUACUUGUGGAAAACCUGAAAGAAAUGUUUGGCAUCUAUGCCUCGCAUACAAGUGUGUUCUUGUCAGCUGUAUUUCCUCUCUUGCUGUGUCACUUUCAGAUGCCAAGGCAUUGCUCAGCAGGCGGCUGUAAAUCUCGAGACAACCGUGAAACCAGAAAUGCUGGAGUCACCUUUCACAAAUUACCAAAAGGAGCCACAAGGAGGAACCUCUGGAUCACAAACUCCCACCGCUCCAACUCCUGGGACCCUCAGACUGACUUUGUGUACUUCUGUUCCAAGCACUUCACACCUGAGAGUUUUGAGCUGACCAACUACAGUGGGAUCAGAAGGCUAAAGGACGAUGCCUUGCCAACUGUUUUCCAUUCAUCGACAACAAAAGAACACAAACCGGCUGACGCGUUGCAUAAACAAGAGGAUGUGCCUGUCAGUUUCUGCUCCAGCAACCAGGAUCAAGACAAGGUUCAGCAUUCAGAGGAAAGCAGCCUUCAGUGGUCAGUGCCAACAUCUGAGAAGACCCCAGAUACCAAGACCACAUUCCCUGAACAGGCAACGGUCCAGCAAAAGCUCGCACAGCAAGAACAUGCUCCUUCCCCACCACCAGAAUCUCAACCUCCCUCCCCAUCACGGUACAUGAGACGCCUGCCCCCUCCUCCAGGCUUCUACCUGUCGAAGGAGCACAACUACGCCCAGCUCUGCCCCCUGCUGUGGAGGAGACGAUAUGACCAGAUUGUUGACUGCCUCGAAAAGGCGUUGCGCCAACUGCACGCAACCAGGCGGAGGGAGAACCGUCUAAGGAGCACCGUGCUAAGGCUCCGUGACAAACAGCUCAGGCACACUCUGUCACAGGAUGGAUCAAAGAGUAACGGGAGCUGGGCACCAGGAGGUGGGAGUAGAGGGGGGAAAGGAAGUUCUUACCAGGAGGACAGUGAGACCGAGGUUAAAUCUGACGAUGUAAGCUUGUUUGAGGAGAGAUGUGUGGAUCAGGUGGAUUCGAAGAGCAGCGCGAACAGGUUGUCGAAUGAGGAAAAUAGAUACUGCUUUUACUGCGGAAGAGGGCGUGUCAAGACUGCAGGCCAGGAGGCACAGAGACUCUCAAGGACGUACAAAGAUGGCUGGCAAGCAGAACACGAGAGAAAUCAAUUAACAGGGACAGAUAAUGCAGUAGUCACACAAGGAAAUCAACUGGAAAAUAGCAGAAACAUUUCAGACACUAAAAGUGCAGAUUCCGCCGCCGCGGUCCAAAGUCCAAACCCCCAACAGUUGACUCCUGCUGGAAUGCUUCUAUCUACUACUUACAAACAGGGAGUCCAGUGUGUAGGAUUUCAGAAGUUGCGAGUCUCUGAGAUGUGUGAAGAGCAGUCUGGAGCGGUGAGCCUCAAAGACCACCCCUACCUGCAGCAGCAGCAGCUUCUCUGGGUACAGCAGGAGAGCAGCGAGGAACAGGUCGUUCUGCUGCCUGUUUCGGUCGAAGUCGAUCUUCAGAACUUUCAUGCUGCUGACUCACGAGCAGUUUCGGUUUCGGAAGUGGAUCCUUCCGAAGGCAGCGGAGACAUCGAGGACAUGAGCAGCAGAGCUUCGCCUGCGGCGGAGACGUCACGUGUGGCUGAACAGCCGCACAGCGGCGCAGCUGUGCAAAGGAGAGAAGACGUUAGGGAGAAACUGAAAGAACAUCUGGAGGGCUUUCACCUUCAGCUGAGCAUGAGGCUCAAAACAGAGGUGGGCCAAGUGGAGGAAUGCAUGUUUGAAUCCCGCCCUGACUAAUUCUCACACUCCCCAGAGGCAGGUGACACAUUUCGGUGUAUCCAUAUGUAAAUCAGUGAUCCCCAAUACUUUUUGUAUUAAGGACCUGUAGCACUGCAGUGACGGUUGAAGUAUUGUUAAGAUAUUCUUCUAUCUUUUAGACUUUAUUCUGUUCGCAUCGGCGUCUGAAAGACGCAUUAUUUUGAAAAAAAA